AGGUCCAUAUAUAAAUUUUUGGUUUGAGUUAUGUCCGUCAUUGCUUACGCACAUGAUUGAAAACUAUUUUAUAAAGACCAGCAAAAGAAAACGAAGUGAGGAAAAUGAACAGGAAGUUGAACAGAAACCCAGGAAGAUACCAACCAAAAAUGACACCCUUCCUUGUUUGGAAGAGCCACCCAAAAUCACUGAGGGCUGUAGUCACCACACCCAAAUUGAUGUUUUCUCUUUUUUGAAAUCUCUGCCUGAACUGCAAUGGCAAAUGAUCACAGCAGAGAAUCUGAACUUGGCCUAUUCUAUAAUGUUUACCAACAGCCAGGCAGAUAGGAUUUUUAGCUAUUUGGAAAAGGAUGUUGUUUAUGAAAAUAACAGCAAAGUUCAGGUUUUUGGAAAAUGGCACAAUGUGCCAAGAAAGCAAGCCUCGUACGGUGAUGACGGAUUGAAGUACACAUUCUCAGGAAGGACUGUUUCUGCCAAGCCAUGGACGCCAUUCCUCAAGGAGCUGAGGGAUAUGUUAGCCACGAAGAUUGGAAAACAUUUUAAUUUUGUGCUCAUUAAUCGAUACCAAGAUGGUAACGACCACAUGGGUGAACAUAAGGAUGAUGAAAGUGAACUCGUUAGUAGGAGUCCCAUAGCCUCACUUUCGUUUGGACAAGCAAGAGAUUUUGUUUUCCGUCAUCAGGACUGUAGGGGAUCAAAGGGUACAAGAAAAAUUGAUCCGGUGAAAUUGAACUUAAAAUCUGGUAGCAUAUUGCUGAUGAAUUAUCCGACCAAUUCCUAUUGGUACCAUUCACUCCCUGUCCGAAAGAGGUGUCUUGCACCAAGAAUUAACCUCACAUUUAGACAAAUGCAUUGUUGAAUUUCGUUGAAACAAUAAAAUGUUAUGGAAACUUG